UGUCUGCCUCCCAUCCCUUGUUUCAAUUCGCACGUAUGGUUUGACUGUGUGUGAAAGAAUUUGUGUGGUGUGUUCUGGAGUUUGGGAAUGUGUUUUGUGUUAUUCUGUCUGAGCAGGUAUUUGUGAUAAUAGAUCUUGAGAAGAUCUUUCCGACGCAACAAGAAUCGCUUCAAUCGGAGCAAGAACGCGAAAGCUAUGAAGAUUCAAAGUUCAUGAGCUUGCGUUACAAUUGCGGCGGUUACUAAGUGAAGUUGUGGGGUGACUUUAUAUGGAGUUGGGACCUUUGGGGUUGGGGAAAUUCGUCACUCUACUCUGCAUCAAGGACCUGUGGCAGCUGCCCAUCAUCCCUUGGAAUGGGAAGACUCCAACAGCAGCAACGGCAGCAGUGGCAAAGGCAACAGCAGGAGGAGAUGCAACUGCACCAACUGAUGGGGUCCUGGAAGCAGUCAAGAAAGUGCAGCAGCAGCAGACACAUGGUGAGGUCGCCCUUGUGAAGAAUAGAGUGCUGGCUACAGUUGGGGAUAAGGAGUGGAUCCCAUACGUCAAGUGGUAUGGGAGUGCUCCAGCUGUGAACAUGCUGAGGGCAUUUGGGUGCAUGGUGGUGUUUCAUGUGCCUAAGGAGAAAAGAGGGAAGUUGGAGGCUUCUGGAAGAUGGGGUGUGCACUUGGGGAUUGCAAAGGAUCACAAGGGAUGGCUUCUAUGGGACUUGACCAUCCAGAAGCUGACAGUCGCAGAGCAGAUGCUGGAGAUGCAGUUCAAGUGCUCCAAGAUGGGUGAGGCGAAGUACUACUUGGGGAUGCACGUGGAGAGAGAUGUGGAAAAGGGUGUGCUGAGGUUGCACCAGAGGAAGUACUGUGAGGGGCUGGCUGAGAAGUAUGGGCUGCAAGAUGGGGGAAAGCCAGCAACACCACUACCUUCGGGGUUCACUGUGGAGCCAUGUGCUGAUGAGGAGGUAGUGGGUGAUAGUGACAGGAAGCUGUUUCAUUCGAUGGUUGGGUCGCUGAAUUAUCCUGCAAAUCAUACACGGCCUGACAUUGCAUUUGCUACAUCACGGUUGGCUAGUGUGGUCUCACGCCCUAGUCAUGAGCAGCUGGAAGCGGCCAAGAGGUUGGUCCGCUAUGUGAGUGCUACGGCAUCAGUGGGAUUGGAGUACAGUGGAGUGAGGCAGCGGUUGCAGAGAGGUGCUGCAGAUUGGCACUGGGUGAGGAGACUCCUUGAUAAGGAGGUGCGGCUGGAGAUAGUGAAGACCCAUCAGCAGGCAGCAGAUAUUUUCACUAAGCGUCUGGCGGAGGCGGAUCAUUGGAAGGGCAUGAAGCUUGCUGGGAUGAGUGUGCAUUGAGUAUGCAUGCUUGAGAUGUGGUAUGGUCGAUGAUGGUUGGCAGCCAGAGGGGGAGAUUGUUGUGUGAUGUCAUCAUAUGUUAUCACAUUCUGUCUGCCUCCCAUCCCUUGUUUCAAUUCGCACGUAUGGUUUGACUGUGUGUGAAAGAAUUUGUGUGGUGUGUUCUGGAGUUUGGGAAUGUGUUUUGUGUUAUUCUGUCUGAGCAGGUAUUUGUGAUAAUAGAUCUUGAGAAGAUCUUUCCGACGCAACAAGAAUCGCUUCAAUCGGAGCAAGAACGCGAAAGCUAUGAAGAUUCAAAGUUCAUGAGCUUGCGUUACAAUUGCGGCGGUUACUAAGUGAAGUUGUGGGGUGACUUUAUAUGGAGUUGGGACCUUUGGGGUUGGGGAAAUUCGUCACUCUACUGUAACAGCUGCAAAUUGGUUGGGAACAACCAAGCUAG